CAGUUAGUAGGGAGAAUGUAUUACGCGCUAGCAAGUGCUUUGCUGGUGGGCUUAUUGGUCGCCCAGCCCACCGCCAGCUCUCCAUUACCACAAACCCAAGGAUCGUCCGCUGGGGCGAGUGGUACCGGAUCUCAAGGAGCGGGUUUCGGGUUUCCUGGUUUCAAUGGAAUGGGCUUUGGUGGACAAGGAGUUGGACAAGGAGUUGGUGCCGGAUUUCCGGGAGCAGGCUUUCCUUUCUUUCAACCUCAGCCUGGCGUUGGCACUGGUAUGGGUUUCCCACAGUUUACAGGGUUCCCGAAUAUGGGAGCUUUUAACUUCGGGCCCGCCGGUGCAUUCCCAUCUACUGGAUCACAGUCCUUUGCCGGUAGCAGUUCGUUUAGCGGUGGGCAUAACGGAGCCGGAGGAUCUGGUAGCAGUGCAGGAGCAAGUUCACAAUCAUCCGGCCAUCAGCAGCCAGAACACGGUUUGAUUGGAACUGGAGGUUCGGGAUCGGCACACACCGAACAGCAUCCUCAGCAGGGCCACAUUGGCACGUCAAGUGGUGCGGGUAGUUCCAGCCAGGGACAAUCGAAUCAUGGUGAGCACGGUGGACAUAGUGCGAGUGGUGCUGGAUCACAAUCACACAGUGCGGGUGGACAUGUACCGGGAGGAUUUACGGGGUCUAGCAGUGGAGCUCAGUCGGGUGGCUCUUCGUUCGGACCGGAUGGACGGCAUACGGAGAUAAACUUCGGCAAUGGGCCAGGGGAUAGUUUCGGAGUGCGCAUCAGCACGGAUGAAUCAGCCGAUGGAACGGUUAAAAAAACUGAAACCUCUUCAUGGGUGUGGAACAAGUGAGAC